CGCGGCGGGGCGAGGUCGCCGCCAUGGCCCGCUGGAUCCCGACCAAGAGGCAGAAGUACGGGGUUGCUAUCUAUAACUACAAUGCUUCUCAAGAUGUGGAGCUCUCCUUGCAGAUUGGAGACACGGUUCACAUCCUGGAGAUGUAUGAGGGUUGGUACAGAGGAUAUACCCUCCAAAAUAAAUCUAAAAAGGGGAUUUUCCCUGAAACGUACAUCCAUUUGAAGGAGGCAACCGUGGAAGACCGAGGGCAGCACGAGACCGUGAUUCCUGGGGAGCUCCCACUGGUGCAGGAGCUCACGUCGACGCUGCGAGAAUGGGCUGUCAUCUGGCGCAAGCUCUAUGUGAACAACAAGGCCAUACUCUUCCACCAGCUGCAGCAGAUGACGUACAGCCUGAUUGAGUGGCGGUCCCAGAUCCUGUCUGGAACCCUCCCCAAGGACGAACUGGCAGAGCUCAAGAAAAAGGUCACAGCCAAAAUUGAUCAUGGGAACAGAAUGCUUGGGUUAGAUCUGGUCGUGAGAGAUGACAACGGGAACAUUUUGGACCCAGAUGAAACCAGCACCAUUGCCCUUUUCAAGGCCCAUGAAAUGGCCUCAAAAAGGAUUGAGGAAAAGAUCCAGGAAGAAAAGUCAGUUCUUCAGAACCUGGACUUGCGGGGCCAGUCUGUCUUCAGUGCCGUCCACACCUACGGCCUCUAUGUGAACUUCAAGAACUUUGUCUGCAACAUUGGGGAAGACGCCGAGUUGUUCAUGGCCCUCUAUGACCCGGACCAGUCGACCUUCAUCAGUGAGAAUUACCUAAUUCGUUGGGGCAGUAAUGGGAUGCCCAAGGAAAUAGAGAAGCUUAAUAACCUUCAAGCAGUUUUUACUGACCUCAGUAGCACAGACCUCAUCCGGCCCCGCAUCAGCCUUGUGUGCCAGAUUGUCCGGGUGGGCCACAUGGAGCUGAAGGAGGGCAAAAAGCACACGUGUGGGCUCCGAAGACCGUUUGGAGUAGCAGUGAUGGAUAUUACUGAUAUCAUCCAUGGGAAGGUGGAUGAUGAAGAAAAGCAGCAUUUUAUUCCCUUUCAGCAAAUUGCAAUGGAAACCUAUAUCCGGCAGAGACAGCUAAUCAUGUCGCCCCUGAUAACAUCCCAUGUGAUUGGGGAGAAUGAGCCACUCACUUCAGUCUUGAAUAAAGUGAUAGCAGCGAAGGAAGUGAAUCACAAAGGACAAGGACUUUGGGUAUCUUUGAAGCUUUUGCCAGGUGACCUCUCACAGGUUCAGAAGAAUUUUUCACACCUGGUGGAUAGAUCAACUGCAAUCGCCCGAAAAAUGGGCUUUCCUGAAAUAAUACUUCCAGGGGACGUGCGGAAUGAUAUUUAUGUCACCCUGAUCCACGGGGAGUUUGACAAAGGGAAAAAGAAGACGCCAAAGAACGUGGAGGUGACCAUGUCUGUGUAUGAUGAGGAGGGCAAGCUCUUGGAGAAAGCAAUUCAUCCUGGUGCCGGAUAUGAAGGCAUUUCAGAGUACAAAUCAGUAGUCUAUUACCAAGUCAAGCAGCCCUGUUGGUAUGAGACUGUCAAGGUAUCCAUUGCUAUAGAAGAGGUUACUCGCUGCCAUAUAAGAUUUACCUUCCGACACAGGUCAUCUCAGGAAUCCAGAGAUAAAUCGGAACGAGCCUUUGGCGUGGCCUUCGUGAAACUGAUGAACCCGGACGGUACCACUCUGCAGGAUGGGAGGCAUGAUCUGGUGGUUUACAAGGGUGACAACAGGAAAAUGGAAGAUGCUAAGUUCUAUCUGACCCUGCCAGGAACUAAGGUAGAGAUGGAAGAAAAAGAGCUCCAAGCGUCCAAAACCCUGGCCAACUUUACCCCAAGCAAGGACAGCACAAAAGACAGCUUUCAGAUCGCCACCCUCAUUUGCUCCACAAAACUCACCCAGAAUGUUGACCUGUUGGGCCUGUUAAAUUGGCGUUCGAACUCCCAGAACAUUAAACACAACUUAAAGAAGUUAAUGGAAGUGGAAGGAGGCGAGAUUGUUAAGUUUUUGCAAGAUACACUAGAUGCACUUUUUAACAUAAUGAUGGAAAUGUCAGACAAUGAAACCUAUGACUUCCUUGUGUUUGAUGCACUGGUAUUUAUUAUCUCACUGAUAGGAGACAUCAAGUUCCAGCAUUUUAAUCCUGUCCUCGAAACCUACAUCUAUAAGCACUUCAGUGCCACUCUGGCAUACGUGAAACUCUCCAAGGUACUGAACUUCUAUGUGGCUAAUGCAGAUGACUCCAGCAAGACAGAAUUGCUUUUUGCUGCUUUGAAAGCCCUAAAGUACUUGUUUCGAUUCAUCAUCCAAUCUAGAGUACUCUACUUGAGAUUUUACGGCCAAAGCGAAGAUGGAGAUGAAUUUAAUAAUUCAAUCCGCCAGUUAUUUCUUGCUUUCAAUAUGCUAAUGGACAGGCCCCUGGAGGAAGCUGUCAAGAUCAAGGGGGCAGCUCUGAAGUACCUUCCUAGUAUCAUUAACGACGUCAAACUUGUGUUUGAUCCCGUGGAGCUCAGCGUGCUCUUCUGCAAGUUCAUUCAAAGCAUCCCUGACAACCAGUUAGUUCGCCAGAAACUGAACUGCAUGACCAAGAUAGUGGAGAGCAAUCUUUUCUGGCAGUCCGAGUGCAGAGAGGUGCUGCUGCCGCUGCUGAUCGACCAGCUCAGCGGCCAGUUAGAUGACAACUCCAGCAAGCCAGACCAUGAGGCCAGCUCGCAGCUUCUGAGCAACAUCCUGGAAGUGCUGGACAGGAAGGAUGUGGGCCCCACGGCGAUGCACAUCCAGCUGAUAAUGGAACGGCUGCUGAGAAGGAUCAACCGGACCGUGAUUGGGAUGAGCCGACAAUCUCCCCAUAUUGGGAGCUUUGUGGCGUGUAUGAUUGCGACCCUGAGGCAGAUGGAUGACAGUCACUACAGCCACUAUAUCAGCACUUUCAAGACCAGACAAGACCUCGUUGACUUCCUCAUGGAGACUUUCAUCAUGUUUAAGGAUCUGAUUGGAAAGAAUGUCUAUGCCAAAGACUGGAUGGUCAUGAAUAUGACCCAGAGCAGAGUUUUCCUCCGUGCGAUAAAUCAGUUUACUGAGGUUCUCACAAAGUUCUUCAUGGAUCAGACAAGCUUUGAACUUCAGCUCUGGAACAAUUACUUCCAUUUGGCAGUAGCAUUUCUCACCCACGAGUCCCUUCAGCUUGAAACCUUCUCUCAAGCCAAGCGCAACAAAAUUGUCAAAAAAUACGGAGACAUGAGAAAGGAAAUCGGCUUCAGAAUCCGGGACAUGUGGUAUAACCUGGGUCCCCACAAAAUCAAAUUUAUCCCCUCCAUGGUGGGUCCAAUUCUAGAGGUCACCCUGACCCCUGAGGUUGAGCUCCGGAAAGCCACCAUCCCCAUUUUCUUUGACAUGAUGCAGUGUGAGUUCAACUUUAGUGGGAACGGCAAUUUCCACAUGUUUGAGAACGAGUUGAUCACAAAGCUGGACCAAGAGGUGGAAGGGGGCAGAGGAGAUGAACAAUACAAGGUCCUUCUGGAAAAACUGCUCCUAGAACAUUGCCGGAAACAUAAAUACCUCUCCACCUCUGGAGAAGUGUUUGCAUUCCUGGUCAGCAGCCUGUUAGAGCACCUAUUGGACUACAGAACCAUUAUCAUGCAUGACGAGAGCAAGGAGAACCGCAUGAGCUGUACUGUGAACGUGCUGAAUUUUUACAAAGAAAAGAAGAGAGAGGACAUAUACAUAAGGUACUUGUACAAGCUGCGGGAUUUGCACCGAGACUCUGAAAACUACACAGAAGCCGCCUAUACCCUCCUCCUACAUGCUGAGCUGCUGCAGUGGUCUGAUAAGCCCUGUGUACCCCAUUUGCUUCAGAGGGACAGUUACUAUGUCUAUACCCAGCAAGAGCUUAAAGAGAAGCUGUACCAAGAAAUCAUAUCAUACUUUGACAAAGGCAAAAUGUGGGAGAAGGCCAUCAAACUGAGCAAAGAGUUGGCUGAGACAUAUGAGAGCAAAGUAUUUGACUACGAGGGCCUCGGCAACCUGCUGAAAAAAAGAGCCUCGUUUUAUGAGAACAUCAUUAAAGCAAUGAGGCCUCAGCCUGAAUACUUUGCCGUUGGAUACUACGGACAGGGCUUUCCUUCUUUCCUCCGGAACAAAAUCUUCAUCUACCGGGGGAAGGAGUAUGAGAGGCGAGAAGACUUCAGCCUGAGGUUGCUGACCCAGUUCCCCAAUGCCGAGAAGAUGACCAGCACCACGCCCCCGGGAGAGGACAUCAAGUCGUCCCCAAAGCAGUACAUGCAAUGUUUCACCGUAAAGCCGGUGAUGAGCCUGCCGCCCAGCUACAAGGACAAACCAGUUCCAGAGCAGAUCUUAAACUACUAUAGAGCCAAUGAAGUGCAGCAGUUCAGAUAUUCCAGGCCAUUCCGGAAAGGAGAGAAGGAUCCAGACAAUGAAUUUGCUACCAUGUGGAUCGAAAGGACCACGUAUACAACUGCAUACACCUUUCCUGGGAUUCUCAAGUGGUUUGAAGUCAAACAAAUUUCAACGGAGGAAAUCAGUCCCCUGGAGAAUGCCAUAGAAACCAUGGAACUCACCAAUGAGAAGAUCAGCAACUGUGUCCAGCAGCAUGCCUGGGACCGAGCCCUCUCUGUGCACCCUCUCUCCAUGUUGCUCAGUGGCAUCGUGGACCCGGCUGUCAUGGGGGGCUACUCCAACUACGAAAAGGCUUUUUUUACAGAAAAGUACUUGCAGGAGCAUCCCGAAGACCAGGAGAAGAUUGAGCUGCUAAAACGACUGAUAGCAUUGCAGAUGCCCCUGCUGACAGAGGGGAUCCGCAUCCACGGGGAGAAGCUGACAGAGCAACUAAAGCCGUUGCAUGACCGGUUGUCUUCUUGUUUCCGGGAACUCAAAGAGAAAGUGGAAAAGCUCUAUGGUGUCAUAACACUGCCACCCACCUUGACUGAGAGGAAGCAAAGCCGCACAGGGUCUAUUGUACUACCCUACAUCAUGUCAUCUACGCUGCGGAGAUUGUCCAUCACCUCAGUGACUUCCUCAGUGAUUUCCACCUCUUCUAACUCAUCCGAUAAUGCUCCUUCCAGACCAGGAUCUGAUGGGUCAAUCCUGGAGCCACUUUUGGAGCGCAGGGCUUCAUCAGGUGCCAGAGUUGAAGAUCUGCCCCUCAAAGAGGACAGUGAGAACCGGAUCAGCAAGUUCAAGAGAAAAGACUGGAGCCUCAGCAAGUCCCAGGUCAUUGCAGAGAAAGCGCCAGAACCUGAUCUGAUGAGCCCAGCCCGAAAAGCGCAAAGACCAAAGAGUCUCCAGUUGUCGGACAAUCGGCUGACGCCAUUUCAUGGUUCUUCACCUCCUCAGUCGACGCCCUUGAGCCCACCUCCACUCACUCCUAAGGCCACCAGGACCCUAAGCUCCCCAUCUUUGCAGACAGAUGGGCUGAUGACUACUACUGUCCCGCCUCCCCCUCCCCCCAAAAGCAAGCCCUACGACAGCAGCCAGAGGAACUCCGCGGAGAUUGCCCCUCCACUUCCGGUCCGCAGAGAAGCCAAAGCCCCACCCCCACCACCUCCCAAAGCUCGGAAAUCUGGCUUCCUUUCUUCUGAGCCUGGAUCCCAGUAA